AUGGGCAAGUCAGGCAAGUCGAAUAAGGCUGGAGGCGCGCGCUCUGCGCCGUACAAGAAGCCGACCGUCUCGGUGACGUAUGACGGCGACGCAAAGCCGGCAUCCAAGUCUGCCGCCAAGCCGAGCAAGGAGACCAAGACGGGCAAGAAGUCCGGCGCCACCAAGGAGUCGAACACGCGCAAGCUCAACAUUGAGGACAAGGCGAAGGAGCUGGCGGAGAAGAAGGAGGCCAAGGCGCGUGCCAAGGCGGAGAAGCGUGCUGCGGAGCCCAAGUCGGCUGUCGUCGAGCGUGUCGAGGCCGAGCUCGCCGGCACGGUCGAGUCCGAUGCGCCGACCGGACCGACGUUCAAGAUCAUCGCAGGCUCGUACGAGAAGCUCCUCUACGGACUUGAGGGCCACUAUCCCUCCGGCAGCGACGUGCCGGUGCUCAAGCCGAUCUUCAUCUUCCCCGCGCACCUGAGCUGGAUCAAGUGCAUCGCCGCCUCCCCGAACGGCAAGUACCUGGCGACGGGAAGUGAGGACGAGUUCAUCAAGGUGUGGGACCUGCGGCGGCGGCGCGAGAUCGGUGCGCUGUCGCAGCACACUGGUUCGAUCACGUCGCUCACGUUCCCGACGUCGCAGCAUCUGCUCGCGACGAGUGUCGAUGCCACGCUCUCGCUCUUCCGCACGAAUGACUGGGCCCUCCUCAAGAGCCUCAAGGGACACAGCGGACGCGUGAACAGCGUCGACGUCCACCCCACCGGCCGCGUCGCGCUCAGUGUUGGCAAGGACCAGACGCUCAAGAUGUGGGACCUCAUGCGUGGUCGCGGCGCCGCGUCGCUUGCGCUCGGGUCUGAGGCCGAGAUUGUCAAGUUUGCCCCGUCCGGAACGCAUUUCGCUGUCUUGUACCCGCGCAAGGUUGAGAUUUACUCUCUCACUCUCAAGCUGCUGCACACGCUCGAGACGAAGAGCCGCUUCAACGCGCUGCUCUUCACGGAGAUCCCGCCCAAGGACGACGUGAGCGAGGGCGAGGAGGUGCUCUGUAUCGGUACCGAGAAGGGCAUCGUUGAGAUCUACUCGGUCGAGGUCGCCGGAGAUGACGAGGACGAGGAUGACGGGGAUGACGACGAGGAGGACGAGGACGAGGACAUGUCCGGCCCCACUGCCAUCGUCUCGCUCUGCGGCAAGUGUGUGGGUCACACAAACCGCAUCAAGUCCAUCUCGGCCCUCCCCUUCCCUGCCCCUGAGGGGCCGACGACGCUCCUCACCACCGUCUCCUCUGACGGGUUCAUCAACCUCUACGAUCUCCGCGACAUGCCCGCCACCCCGGAGACGGAACUCACCCCCGUCACGAGCUACGACACCAAGGGCUCGCGCCUUACCACCGUCUUCAUUGCCGAGGGCGGCGUGCCCCGCCCCCCGAAGAAGGUCGUCAGGGCGGCUGAGGAGGCGAAGAAGACCGGAGCGCGCUUUGCGGAGCCUGAAGAGGAGGAGUCAGACGAGGAGUCGGACGAGGAGGAGGGAGAGGACAUGUACGACCAGAGCGACGAGGAGAGCGAGGGCAGCAUCGAGGUCGAGUAUGAGGGUGAGGAGGAGGAAGAGGAAGAGGAGGAGGAGGAGGGCGAGUACGAGUAG